AUGCCGGACUUAGUAGCAGUUUGCAGUGUUUUAGAUCUGAACUACACUGGUUCAGAAGACGACGUGAUUGAACGUAUUUGUUCAUUUUUGAACGACUUCAAUCUUGAAGACGAAAAUGACGAUGAAGACGAAGACGCUAGCGAUGAUGACGGUGAUAAAGACGUUUAUCACAAGGAAAACGGUAAAGACGUUACCGAAGACAAUCGCUAUAAUGAAGAUAACGACGCAAAUAGUGAUAAAGACGCUUAUCACGAGGAAGAAGGUAAAUACGUUACCGACGACGAUAAUAAUGAUGACGAUAUGGAUGAUGAAAGGACGACGGAUUUAUUUACGAGGAAUAGAUCAAAAUCAAACAAAAUGACGAGAGGUAGAUUGAAUGAUUCAUUUGCCUUAACUUUUAGAGACGUAGAGGAUAGUAUAAUCUUUCGACGGAAAAGACGAUUAUCCCAUAGGAAAAUGGAUCACUGA